GCCUGUCCGCCGGCGCGGGCCCUUCCUCACCGGCCGGGUCCCCUUUCCUCGUCGUUCCGCCGCGCCCCAACUCGCCCGGCUUGGUCCGACAAGGAGCGGGUGGCCCUGGGCCGGGCUCGCCGCCGGCGGCCCUGGUGCCGGGUGGUUGGCUCCCGGGAGCACCCCGGGAGGGGCCGGUUCCCGGCUGCCGCAGAGGAUUUCGCUGCUGUAAACACGCACGCUCUUGCCGUGUGGCAGCCAGAAGGGAAAACCUGUGGCGCGCAGUAAUUUUCUAAAGAUGUGGGUAAUUUUGAGGCUGCCUAAAGACCCUGCUGCUUACUUGCAGUAAGUUACCUGUUUUCCCUGUGCAUGCACACAGGCACGUGUUUAAGCUUUCUUUUUUAGAAAUUGCAUGGGAGUAGUUGAACAGUGGAAAAAUUAAGAUGUCGGAAGACCUUGCUAAGCAGUUAGCUAGUUACAAAGCUCAACUUCAGCAAGUUGAGGCUGCCUUAUCUGGGAAUGCAGAAAAUGAAGACUUACUAAAACUGAAAAAAGACUUACAGGAAGUCAUAGAAUUAACCAAAGAUCUCCUUUCAACACAACCUUCUGAAACUCUUGCAAGUUCUGACAGUUCUGCUUCUGCCCUACCCAGUCACUCCUGGAAGGUUGGGGAUAGGUGUAUGGCGAUAUGGAGUGAGGAUGGACAGUGUUAUGAAGCUGAGAUUGAAGAAAUAGAUGAGGAGAAUGGAACAGCUGCGGUCACAUUUGCUGGAUAUGGCAAUGCUGAAGUUACACCUCUGUUCAACCUCAAGCCUGUGGAAGAGGGAAGAAAAGCAAAAGAGGACAGUGGCAACAAACCCAUGUCCAAAAAAGAGAUGAUAGCCCAGCAACGAGAGUAUAAAAAGAAGAAAGCUUUGAAAAAAGCUCAGAGAAUUAAAGAACUUGAGCAGGAACGGGAGGACCAGAAAGUCAAGUGGCAACAGUUCAACAACAGAGCCUAUUCUAAAAACAAAAAAGGCCAGGUAAAGAGGAGUAUUUUUGCUUCCCCUGAGAGCGUAACUGGCAAGGUUGGAGUUGGAACAUGUGGAAUUGCAGACAAACCUAUGACACAGUAUCAAGAUACCUCUAAAUAUAACGUCAGGCAUUUGAUGCCUCAGUAAUGGGGGAAAAAGGUGGAACUUCAUCUCUGCAGGGCUUUACACUUAUCUUUUUAUCAUUAUAUUUUUCUAAAAGUAAAUUAUUUGUUGGCACAUAGCGAGUAGUCCAUUUUGUCACCAUCACAUUGGCUUCAGCUGAUAUGAGCCUUAAAUCUCCAGCUAUUGAUUUGACUCCCCUAAUCAUUAAACUUUUUGUAGUUGCAUUAAAAUACAUUCUGCAGGUAAAUGCUUUCACAAACUGCUGUUACCUGUUACUCUGAAAGCAAUAGUUAUCUGCAGCUUUGAUCUCUGGAAUCUUCCAUUCAUAUGAGUAGUAAAGUUGGGUUUUGGUUGGGUUUUUUUUGGGGUUUUUUUGGUUUUUUUUUUUUUUUUUUUAAGAAAAGUGGUGGUAUAAAACUGGCACCUUAACAGCCUCCCUCAUUUGGGUAGUCAACAGUGCUGCCUGCUGUCUCGGUGAUGAGCUCAGCAUUACAGAGCUGCUGCAGCUCUGGGAGAGCCAGACUCCAUCAUAGCUUAUACAUUACAUGGAAUUGCUGAGGAAGUUCUGAAUUACUCCCUUGCAAAGCCACUGAAGAUCGAUUUGUACAGCUGUAAAUGAGGGCAGAACAGGGCCAAUAGGGUCUUUAGUACUAAUGGUGAUUCAUGUGCUAGAAACUAUAAAUCUGAGUUUAAUUCCAGUCUGAAUUUCCUGUGCUAGAAGUUUAGCAGAGGAAAUAGUUUAUUGUUUGUUGGGGUUUCUUUUAAUACUCAUAAAAUUUUAAUAGGAGGUUAUUGAAAUGUAACCAGAAAACCAUAGGACAAGGUAUUUAGAUGCCAAUUUCAAAGUAGAGAACUGUACUUCAAAAUACCCAUCCCUCCUUCCCAAGGAUCAGAGAGUUGGAGAAGAGAAAUGGCUGUGCUCUGGAAAGGAGCCAUCAUCUCCUGUCUUGUAGAUCUCACAGGAUUGAUGGUUUAGUCACAGACCUGGAAUUCAGUCACAGCUCCUGUCUGGGCCUCCCCCAGCCUGCCAGGUAGAACUGCAGCACAGCAUUCCCACUUAGUUGUGAGUGAGUAAAGGUUAGUCUGGAGUUUCUGUCCUGAAAUAACUGACUGGCCCUAGUGUUCAUUGUAACUUCAGCUCUAUUACAGUGCUGCUGAGCCCCUUCAAUUUUAUGCAGGAAACCACGUGUAAAAGCUCUUGCUUUCUUGUAUUUUAUGUGAUUUGCUUUCCUCUGUUACUUGUCUCUCACUUACGGUAGUGGUGCCAUCUCUGAACCCGUAAUGUGUUUAAAGAAGUUAAUGGGUAGCCCUGUAUACAAUGUAGAUAUUAUUUUUGUAAAAUCUAGGGCUGAGUUAAUGGACAAGAGUACAUCAGCUAUUUCUCCAUUAAAUAAGUGAAGGGUGUGCCUUGUCCAUUAACCCUGACCAUUAUUUCCCUGUAUAUUAUGUUAAUGUAGCUCAUUUUGUAAUUUGUUACCUAGAUCAGGUCACGUCAGCAAUUGUUGAUGCACUGAUUGGUGGAAUGUUCCAUCAGUUACCUGAGUCACAACUCAAGCUAAACUCUACAACUGGUAGUUUAGAAUCCAUACAUAGAAAAAAGGUUCUCCCUAUAAUGGGAGAAAGUGAUUUUUAUGAAUACAAAGUGUGUUAAUUUCAGUUUUGUAUGUUUAACUUUUAUUAAAUAAAGUGUUUAAAAUCUGCUGGA